CGUCCAGGGUCCACACGUACGUAUACGGUGUGCUCACAUUGGUCGUUGAAAAAUAACGAUGAUUUAGAGGAUUUUUUCCAUGAUCAACUGAUCAUAUUGAUCCCAUCGUGAAAGUUAACCCCACAACCAUUCUGCACGCACCCACCUACGAUGAGACGAUUGAAUCGAAAGCAGACCCUGAAGGUUGUUAAGGAGCUGGACGCCUUCCCCAAGGUUCCUGAAAGCUACCAAGAAACCAGCUCAACCGGCGGAACAUUGGCUCUACUGACGUUCUUGCUGAUCGCUGUGCUGAUCAUUUCCGAGAUUCUUUACUAUUCGGACACCCGCAUGAAGUACGAGUACAACGUAGACACGGAUAUACACAGCAAACUGAGCAUCAAUGUAGACAUCACUGUGGCAAUGAAGUGUGGAUGGAUCGGGGCUGAUGUGGUGGACAUAUCAGGAGAGACGACCACCCCAGCCCGAGGCAAUUUGCAAGAAGAAUUGGUUUACUUUGAGAAGACCCCAGAACAACGCCGCCGACAAGAAACAUUUCAAAUGAUUAAAGAAGCUUUGAGUGAGGAGCACGCGUUGCAGGAUCUUUUAUUCCAGUCAGGGUUUGAGAGUUCCCCCACCCAAAUCCCUUCCAACAAGAAAGGCAAGGGACCACCGGAUGCAUGCAGGCUACACGGAAGCCUUGUCGUUAAUAAGGUUGCUGGUAAUUUUCACGUGACCGUUGGUAAAAGUAUUCCUCAUCCUAAGGGGCAUGCCCAUCUAGCACUCAUGGUCGAACCCUCUCAAUACAAUUUCAGUCAUCGCAUCGAUCAUUUAUCAUUCGGGGAGCCGGCCCCGGGAAUCAUAAACCAACUUGACGGCGAAGAAAAAGUUACAAAAGAUAACAGGAGGAUCUACCAGUAUUUCCUCCAGAUAGUUCCCACCAAGCUCUAUACAAGGAAAGCGCGCAUGAGCACUCAUCAAUUUGCUGUCACAGAGAGGGAAAGAACCAUCAACCAUGGUGAGGGCAGCCAUGGUGUCUCUGGGAUUUUCUUCAAGUACGACUUAUCGUCUUUAGAAAUCAGCGUGACGGAAACCCACGAGCCGUACUCACAAUUCCUAAUCAGGCUCUGUGGGAUCGUGGGUGGAAUCUUUGCAACAUCAGGUAUUCUUCAUUCGUUCCUAGAGUUCCUUGUAUCAGUUAUUUGUUGUCGAUACAAGAUUGGUAGCCACACACCACCACCACAGCCACCAACUGUUCCUGCCGAUCACCAUUUAGACCACACGUCACCGAACCUACAUGUACCUGCACCCAGUCUUAGUGGUCAAGCUAACCCAACGAUGCCUUUACCACAGUGAUUUCAGUAGCACUUUUCUUUUUUUUAGUACAUCUGCAAUAAAUAACAGGUGUGGGGAAAAUCCUGGCAAGGUCACAAAAAUUGGAGUCCAAGUUCAACAAGGAAAUGGCUGUCACUUAUACCUUUUUGUUAACUGAGACAGAAACCGAUUUUUAUUAACACACUGACUGGAUAGCACAUUGAGAUCACAAGCUGAAGCCACUGUGGGGUCCAUUUUGAGAGCCCUAAAACAUAUAAAAACAUGUAGACCUUUCUUUCGUAACAUUUUGUAUGGGCUGCCACAAAGGCAUAAAUCUAAGUCCUGGUUAGCAACAUAUUUUGCCAAAAUAAGUGGAUGUUAACACCCACAUUAUG